UGCCACGAGUCACAUGGGGCGACCUGGGGCUGGGGCGGGAAAAGUAGAAGAACUUCUUCCGGGUCACGAUCGAUAGACUCAACCUGGGGCGGGAAUUUCUUUCCUCUUCCCUGUAAUUUAAAGGCUACACCCGAUUAAGGUGCUUGUGAUUUUAUGAUGAGUUCCCAGAAAGGCAACGUGACUCGAUCCAGGCCUCAGAAACACCAGAAUACGUUCACCUUCAAAAAUGACAAGUUUGAUAAGAGUGUUCAGACCAAGAAAAUUAACGCAAAACUUCAUGAUGGAGUAUGUCAGCGCUGCAAAGAAGUUCUUGAAUGGCGUGUAAAAUACAGCAAAUACAAACCACUGUCAAAGCCUAAGAAGUGUGUUAAAUGUUUACAAAAGACAGUAAAAGACUCUUACCACAUAAUGUGUAGACCAUGUGCUUGUGAACUUGAAGUUUGUGCAAAAUGUGGAAAGAAAGAAGAUAUCGUUAUUCCCUUUAAUAAAGAACCAGAAACUUCAGAAAAUACUGAAAAUCAAGACUCUAACCAUAGAAGAAUCCACAAAAGAAAGGAGGACAGUGAUGAGGACAUAGAUGCUGAGACUGGGGAAGAUGGUGAAGAUGGAGAAGAUGGAGACACUUAGGCCUGAUAGCACAGAGUCAGCUGCAGAGGGCUCAGCAAACGCACUGACACCCUAACGAGCGAGUCAGAAAAGGCUGUUCAUUAGGCAGGACUGAGCAACAUCAAUUAUUUAUAGCAUUUGAAUAAUACAAACUUCCAGGUUUUCACGAUAAAACUUAAGCUGCAUAUACAGAAUGUGUGGCAACACAAUGGUAUGUUGUAUAAUCUAUGGAAAUUGUUUAGAAAACCAUUAUCAGCUAAUGUCAAACUAUCCAUUGUUGAGAAUUGGUGAUUGUGUCUGAACUAUUUCAUGGAAAACUAAGAUGAUUGGCUCAGCAUGCAUUUCCAUAGCCUGACUUGGGUGUGUGACUUACCUAGCAAAUGCCCCCUUAUAUCUUACAAAGCAAACCAGUUUAUUUUUAUACAUACACACACACACACACACACAUGCAUGCACACACACAAAAUCAUGUGUUGUGAUUUUCCUUUAAAAGUAUUUUUAUAUACUUAAUUCCUUUUUUUAAAAAGCCUUUCCUAGUUUAAAAACAUAUACUCAGAAAAAAUAUGUAUGGACUAUAUAGUAAAAUCCACCACUCUUACCCAAGUGAAUAUCCUUACAGUAUCAGAAGCUCCCGUGAAGUUCUCCCUCAUAAGCUUCUCUUUCCCAGAAUUCCAUUCUCCUGAAUUAUUACUCUCUUGCCAGUGUUUCGGCCUGUAAACAGUGUAAAUUGGCUUCAUGUGAUUAUUGAAAUCUGUGUCCAUGUGUUUAAAAUCCCAAAGCUACAGAAAACUAGUCAGGCAGUACAAUGAACUUUUCCAUACUAUUUAGCAAGAUUCCCAAUUUUGGUGUUUUACUGUUUUCUUUGUGUUUUAAUCUCUACAUAUGUAUAUAUGACAUGUAUGUAGAUGUACAUAUGUGUGAAUAUAUUUGAUGAAUUAUUGAAAUAAAUGUGAAACCCUGGUUUUGGACUUAUUU